CUCAAACUUUCCACCAAAUGCAUUCCAGGUAAUCAAGGACAUCACUGUCAGCCAACGAACCCUAAAAUCAAAUCUCAAAUUCCUCCCAGCCUGGACCGUCACAACAACGCAUUCCUCCGCCAGACUUAAAUCCCCGGAUCUGCCCCUGCCAGCUCCAUCCAGACGGAACACCAAAUCCUGCUCCACGCCCCCGACAACUCUCCAACAUGCACCUCUACGCUCUUGCAGCCAUCCUACUCUCAACCCUUUGCCUGACCUCAGCCUACGCCCUCAGUCCCGAGGACGAGUUCACCGCGGCAGGCUGCCCAGACACCACGAGCCCGUAUGCCUCGCAUUCCGAUCAACUAGCCGCCUGGGAAGACUUCACCAGCAUGCUCUACAACGAGAAGCGCAUCACGGAAGCCUUUGACAAGUACGUCGCGGCCGGAUACAUCAACCACUCGCCCCUCGUCCCGGGGAACGGCGCAAACACCACCAUCGCGGAACUGUCGCAGAUCGUCCCCAACGUGAACUCGGACCUGCAGCGGGCCUACGUGGGCUGGGACCGCAAUGGGACUGCUUUCGGGACGGCGCAUACAAAGGUCACUGGCGGGGGUGCGAUCGGGAUCCCUGACUCGGCCCUCGUCGAUAUCAUUCGGAUGGUGGGCACCUGUUUGGUUGAGCAUUGGGAUGUUGAGCAGUCGACUGAAGGGAGUCAUCCCAACCCGAUUGCGUUCUUCUUCUAGAUGAGAGUUUUCUGUCCAGGCCGGCAGAUUUGGAAAUAUACAAGACCGAUGGGGUUCAGAUAUGGAAAUUGGAAAAGCGAGGUUCAUGGUUUUCCCAUUUGACAAGCCAUGCAUGCACACUGCGAAGAAUAUCACGCUCGGUUGCAAUAGAAACGGCUGUUUUUCUCCUGUUUUAUCCCUGUAUAUGUACUAAAUUUAGUGUCAUGCCGGAUUCUGCUGCUUGCCCCUGGUGAUGUUACGGGACUAUUUAAAAGCCGGACCCUGG